AUGGUUUCGGACGGACGAAUGGACGAACAGACAGACGAAAUUCAUGGCGGAUGGGGUCAGUGGAGUCCAUUCGGGUCAUGCAGCUCCACCUGUGGUAAUGGCCUGAUGAGACGGGACAGACAAUGUGACAACCCUUGGCCAUCCUCAGACGGAAAUUUCUGCUUUGGAGAUAACAUCAAUUAUGAUUCUUGCAUCGGUUCAGACUGCCCUGUCGGUUGGCUACCGUGGUCAGCAUGGAGCAAGUGUUCCGGUAGCUGUGGCGAUGGAAUAAAGACGAGGCAGAGGACCUGUCAGAACGUUGUAACGUCUCUCCUCCUUGGUAAUUGUACCGGUCAAGAUCAAGAGUUGGUUCAAUGCAGCCAAUGGAACUGCUCAGUUUUGUUCCGAGCACGGGGGGUUGCUGAUUACACUCUGUCAACAAAAAAUCAGAUAAUCAUCUUCACCGAAAUGCUCUACAAUGUCGGUGGAGGCUACAAUCCUGCAACUGGCAAAUUUACAGCACCAGUCACGGGUAUCUACCUUUUCACUGUUCACCUUUGCGCUGCACACUCUGAAAGUAUCUUCUACGCUAUUAUGGCCAAGGGAGAGCAGGUGGCAAAUGGACACACGUACAGGGUUUCGGGAUGGGUUUGUGUUUCAGGAGACGCCAUAGUACAGCUUGAUGUCAAUCACGUCGUCUACGUCAAAACCACUUAUACACAAGACGAACUUUUGCAAGCAGGACUGAAUGAUGAUUUUGACGCAAAGUCGAAUUCCUUUCAAGGCGUCCUUCUGAAGUAG